AGGUUUUAAUUCUAGCAAGACUUUGUAACCUGUAACCUGAUCAUGGAAGGGAGCGAUCAAGCGUUGGACUACCUGAGGGACUUUUUUAGUGGGCAUGGAGGCUCUUACUUUGAUGAUGCCGCCUACGCAGCGACAACUAAAGCCCUGUGCAUCAUUUUCCUCCUUCUGAUCUUACUCUCCAACGCCCUGCUCGUAUUGAAAAAUACCCGGAAGUUUGAUUUCUACACGAGGCCGAAGAAUCAGAUCAUUCUCUCCCUAGCCAUAGGGGACAUACUCUUCGCUCUCUUUCCGCUGAUCGUGGUGGCUAAGACUUUGUUUGGAGACUACCUCACCGAUAUAAAAACGUGUAGUCUGGCGAUGACGUCAGACACGUACAUGAGAUUUCUCAUUCAUUUCGUCUACGGCCUGGGGGUCGUCGUUCUGGGAAUUGAACUUUUAUUUCGCAACAAGAUCCGAGACAUGACCGCCAGCAAAACAGCCAAGUUUAUUGUUUCAAUCGUACUCAGUGGCAUCCCCUGGUUACUGGGUCUCAUCUUCGUCUUACCGCUCUGUCUGGCUAACAUUGACAUGACAAUGUGUUCGUCUGUGCAGACCUUAGAUCAGGCAAAGGCAGCGGUGGUCAUCUCUGUUAUUCUGCCCGCGUGUGCUGCUGUGGCCAUGUGUAUUGUGGUCAAUUGUCGUGCGUUUCCUCCAGCUCAGUACCAACAGACAACGGCUACAUCCGCACCGAUGGUUAUGAUAACGACGAGUCACUCGAAUUCUCAGCUACAAUCGGGUAAUGGAUUUACAGGGCCCCCGACAGAUGGGUACCAUCCAGGCAACCAGUAUCCACAGCAACCUAUUCCCGGACAGCAUCCACUUCAGCAGUACCCUCAACAGAUGAACAACCCACAAGCCCAUCAGCCGUAUGCCACGCAGCAACCCCAGGUCGCACAGCAGCCCUAUGCUGCGCAGCAACCAUAUUUCACACAGCAACCCAAUGUCGCACAGCAACCCUACACGGUGGUACAACCCAACCAGGGCGUGUACCUACAGAACGAUGCUGGGAUGGCAUUGUCAAAAUUUCACCGUGAAAAGUCCAGACUCCUUGCCAUUGCCAUAGUUUUCUUUUUCCUUGUUGUUCCACAGGCCAUCUAUCAGCUCGGCUACACUCUGAACCUGAACAGAAUCUCGUUGGGAAGCAGGAUUGCUUAUACGGCCAUUAAUGACUUCGUGGUUUGGUUAAUGGUCAUCAGGUCAUUCGUGACGCCGCUGAUAAUGUACUGCUAUUCUGAUGUCUAAAAGACAAGUACUGCUAUUCUGAUGUCUAAAAGACAAGUACUGCUAUUCCGAUAGUUGAAAGAAUAAAACAAACUCCGGUGUCAGAAUUCACUUAAUUGUUCUUGGUGGUACUGCGUUUAACUUUGCUGAGAAUCAAUAAAAGUUCACUUAUUUUUUUACAAAGAUUCACGUAUAUUGAAAUAAUCAAUAGCACUGUUUUGUUGUUUUGAAAAGCAUGUUGCUACAAAUUUGAGUGUAUGGCCAAACGCAUAAUUCGUUUUUCAAUGUUUAAUGUGUAUAUUGUGUUACGUUGUGUUAUAUUGUUGAAUUGCGGUAUUUUGUUAUAUUGUUACAUUAAUAAUUUUCUUGUGGUCUGUAGUUUCAAUUCAUGAAAUGUAAUGAGUACUGAAUAUGUCAAUGUCACUUACAUUGAAUGUAAGGAGGGUAGAGGAGGCACCCUCC